AUGGUGAAGUUAGCAGGAGAACCAGGGGUGGGUUGGGAACAGGAUGGGGCAGUGGUAAGGCAGGAGGAGGGAGCUUGCCUGAUACCUUUAUUCAAAACCAAAGAUUCAGAUACAUACUGUACUUCAAAUGACAACAAUCCUCCUUUGUGUCAUUCUGAAGCUGAAGAUAUUGAGCUUUCAGUUACAAAGAUUUCUGCAAAUAGCUUUAUGACUGUACAUUUGAAAUCAAAAACAGUUACAUGUGAUAAUAGGAAUGUGACAAAUCACUCAAACUUCACAUGUGAAGAAUAUAAGAAGAGUGUCAGUGCUAGUUCAAUUUCUGUUAAUCAUUUUGAUGAUUUAUAUCAACCUGUAGGGAGUUCAGGUAUUGUUUCAUCUCUUCAGAGCCUUCCACCAGCUAAAGUGGACAGUUUAAAUCUCUUGCAGUGUGGAGAGAGCAUAUCUCCAGUUCAGGAUCCUAUUCUGAAGAGUAAAAGCACGAUGUUUUUAAAGCAUGGAGAGAAAGAAACAGUAGUAGAAGUAGGUAGUGGCCUUCCUGAUUCAGGAAGGGGAUUUGCUUCCUGGGAAAACAGGCAUAAGAGUGGGCUAUCUGGAAAAUGUGUGAAAGGGCCUCAAGAAGGGAGUUCCAGAGUGCCUGAUAAAAGAGGAAGAUCAGAAAUGUCUUUAGAUGAAGAAGAAGGAAGAGGACAUACACAUACUUCUGAUGAUUCUGAAGUUGAAUUUUCUUCUUGUGAUUUGAAUUUAACCAUGGAAGACCAUGAUGGUGUAACAUAUACCUUAAAAUGUGACAGUAGUAGUCAUGCCUCAGAGAUUAUUUCUACUGUCCAUGAAGAUUAUUCUGGUUCUUCUGAAAGUUCAGGUGAUGAAAGUGAUUCAGAAGACACAGAUUCUGAUGAUAGCAGUGCUCCAAGAAACUAUCUUCAGUCUGUUUUGGUUGUGCCAAAGAAUUCUACUUUGCCUAUGGAAGAAACAAAUCCUUGUUCAUCUCAGAGCAGUCAAAGUUAUAGACACUAUUCUGACCACUGGGAAGAUAAGAGAUUGGAGUCAAGGAGACAUUCAUAUAAGGAAAAAUUUGAGAGUAUAGCAAGUUAAGCCUGUCCUCAAACUGAGAAGUUCUUCUUUCAUAAAGGAACAGAGAAGAAUCCAGAAAUUUCUUUUACACAGCCCAGAGGAAAACACAUAGAUAACCACUUGUCUGAAAUUGUUCAUCCUCAGGGUGAUGGAGUUGAUAGUACAAGUUAUGCAGAUGUGAACUCUGACCUUCCAGGUCAUCCAAAUUCUCAGGAAACAAUGGAAGCCAACACGGUUUCUAGGCAACAAGGAGAGCUGCCAGUUCAUUCUUCCGAUGAUUCUGAAGAUGUCCCAAACAAAUCUCGGCAUCAGACCAUGUUCCCUUAUAGGUCAGAUAGUAGACUGGGAAAAACAGAGUUGAGUUUUUCUUCGUCUUGUGAAAUCUCCUGAGUAGAUGGCUUCCAUUCAUCGGAAGAGCUCAGAAACCUGGGGUGGGACUUCUCUCAACAAGAAAAGCCUACUACCACUAAAAAACCUCACAGCAGUUAUGGAACCUGUGGUGGGCAGAAGUAAGAGCCAAGUACAGACCAAUACAGUGGAAUUCGUAAUUCUUGGCAAGGCAAUGGCUACUGGGAUCCAAGAUCAGCAGGUAGACCACCUGGAACUGGGGUUGUAUAUGAUCAAAUUCAGGGUCAGGUACCUGAUUCCUUAACAGAUGAUCAUGAAGAGGAAGAGAAUUGGGAUCAACGAGGAGCUCACUUUUCAAGCCAGUCCAGUAAAUUUUUCCUAUCCCUUCAGAAGGAUAAGGGGUCAGUGCAAGCACCUGAAAUAAGCAACUAUUCCAUUAAGGACUUUUUAGCUGUGAAUGAAAAGAAAGAUCUCAAGAACUUAGAAAAAAAUUAUAUGAAAGAUAGAGAGCCUCUUAAAAAAAGGAGGCAGCGAUUGGAGAGUGAUUCUGAAAUUGAUGGUGAGCUUCAGGACAGAAAGAAAGAAAGAGUGGAGUUAGAGCAGGGAGAGACAGCAGUAACCCCAGGCACAACACUGGUUGGGCCUUCCUGUGUCAUGGAGGACUUCAGGGACCCACAGCAGUGGAAGGAAUGUGCCAAACAAGGGAAGAUGCCUUGUUACUUUGAUCUGAUUGAUGAGAAUGUUUAUUUAACAGAAAGAAAGAAGAAUAAAUUUCAUCAAGAUAUUAAGCGAAUGCAGUGUGAGUGUACACCUCUUUCUAAAGACGAAAGAGCUCAAGGUGAAAUAGUGUGUGGGGAAGAUUGUCUUAAUCGUCUCCUUAUGAUUGAAUGUUCUUCUCGGUGUCCAAAUGGAGAUUAUUGUUCCAAUAGACGGUUCCAGAGAAAACAGCAUGCGGAUGUGGAAGUUGUACUCACAGAAAAGAAAGGCUGGGGCUUGAGAGCUGCCAAAGACAUCCCUUCGAACACCUUUGUCCUGGAAUAUUGUGGUGAUGUGCUUGAUCGUAAAGAGUUUAAUGCCCGGGUCCAGGAGUACGCACGUAACAAAAACAUCCACUCCUAUUUCAUGGCCCUGAAGAAUGAUGAGAUAAUAGAUGCUACUCAGAAAGGAAACUGCUCUCGGUUCAUGAACCACAGCUGUGAACCGAACUGUGAGGCUCAAAAAUGGAUUGUGAAUGGACAACUGAGGGUUGGGUUUUUUACCACCAAACUGGUUCCGUCAGGCUCAGAGUUAACAUUUGACUAUCAGUUCCAAAGAUAUGGAAAAGAAGCUCAGAAAUGUUUGGGGUCAGCUAAUUGCCGGGGUUACCUGGAAGGAGAGAACAGAGUCAGUAUCAGAGCAGCAGGAGGAAAAAUGAAGAAGGACCGAUCUCGUAAGAAGGAUUCAGGGGAUGCAGAGCUGGAAGCUCUGAUGGACAAUGGGGAAGGCCUGUCUGAUAAAAACCAGGUGCUCAGCUUAUCCCUGCUAAUGGUUAGAAUUGAAACUUUGGAGCAGAAACUUACCUGUCUCAAGCUCAUACAGAACACACACUCACAGUCUUGCCUGAAGUCUUUUCUGGAACAUUAUGGGCUGUCUUUGUUGUGGAUCUGGAUGGCAGAACUAGGCGAUGGCCAGGAGAGCAACCAGAAGCUUCAAGAAGAGAUUAUAAAGACUUUGGAACAUUUACCCAUUCGUACAAAAAAUAUGCUGGAGGAAAGCAAAGUACUUCCAAUUAUUCAACGUUGGUCUCAGACCAAGACUACCAUCCCUCAAUUGAGUGAAGGAGAUGGGUAUUCUAGUGAGAAUACAUCACGUGCUCAUACAGCACUCAACACACCCGAUCCUUCCACCAAGCUGAGCACAGAAGCUGACACAGACACCCCCAAGAAGCACAUGUUUCGUAGACUUAAAAUUGUUACUGAAAAUAGCAUGGACACUGCAAUCUCUGAUGCUACCAGUGAGCUAGAAGGCAAGGAUGGCAAAGAGGACCUUGACCAGUUAGGAAACAUCUCCUUGGAAGAAGAGGAAGAGUUACAGUCACAACAACUACUUACACAGCAACUGCUUGAAUCUAAAGUUGACAGUGAAAUCACUGUGGAGGCCAGUAAGCUACCCACAUCUGAACCAGAGGCUGAUGCUGAAAUAGAGCCUAAAGAGAGCAAUGGCACAAAACUAGAAGAACCUACUGCUGAGAAAACACCAUCCCAAGAUGAAGAGAAGGGUGUAUCUGGUGUGGAAAGUGAGAGGAGCCAGGAACAGCCUGAUAAAACAGUAGAUAUAUGUGAUUUGGCCACCAAGCUCCUGGACAUUUGGAAGGACCUACAGGAGGUAUAUUGAAUUCCAAAGAAAAGUCGAACUGAAAAGGAGAAUAUAAUAACUGAAAGAGGAAGGGAUGAUGUUGGCUUCAGAGAUCAAACAGCUGCCCCAAAGACUCCUAACAAGUCAAGAGAGAGAGACCCAGACAAGCAAACUCAAAAUAAAGAGAAAAGGAAACGAAGGGGCUCCCUCUCACCACCUUCUGCCUAUGAGCGGGGAACGAAAAGGCCAGAUGACAGAUAUGGUACACCAACUUCUAAAAAGAAAGUACUAAUUAAAGACCACAGUAAAUUUUCUACAGAGGAGCGUCUGACAUUGUUUGAGCAAGAGGUGGCUCAGCAGGAGGCUCAGAAACAAAACCAGAUGCAGAACCUGGGAACGAAGUCUCCGUUGCCCUAUGACUCUCUUGGCUACAAUGCCCCUCAUCAUCCCUUUGCUGGCUACCCACCAGGUUAUCCCAUGCAGGCCUACGUGGAUCCCAGCAACCCUAAUGCUGGAAAGGUGCUCCUCCCCACACCUAGCAUGGACCCUGUGUGUUCUCCUGCUCCUUAUGAUCAUUCUCAGCUCUUAGUAGGACAUUCUGCAGAAUCCCUUGCUGCCCUUCCACCUGUGCCAGUUGUGCCACAUGUGACAGCCCCCGUGGAAGUUUCCAGUACACAGUAUGUGGGCCAGAGUGAUGGUGUGGUACACCAAGACUCCAGCAUUGCCAUCUUGCCAGUGCCAGCCCCAGGCCUGGUCCAGGGACACAAUUACAGUGUUUGGGAUUCAAACCAACAGUCUGUCAGUGUACAACAGCAGUACUCUCCUGCAUAGUCUCAAGCAACCAUAUAUUAUCAAGGACAGACCUGUCCAACUGUCUAUGGUGUGACAUCACCCUAUUCACAGACAACUCCACCAAUUGUACAGAGUUAUGCCCAGCCAAAUCUUCAAUACAUCCAGGGACAACAGAUUUUCACAGCUCACCCACAAGGAGUAAUGGUACAGCCAACAGCAGCCAUGUCUACGAUAGUUGGACCAGGGCAGCCUCAGCCCUGCCAGCCCCGGAUGGUUGUGACAAAUAAUCUUCUGGAUCUGCCACCCCCAUCUCCUCCCAACUGGAAGACAGCCCAAGAUCCAGAAGGGAAGAUUUAUUACUAUCCUGUGAUCACAAGGCAGACUUAGUGGGAUUCUCCUACUUGGGAAAGCCCAGGAGGUGAUACCAGUCUUGAGCAAGGAGCUGAGAUGGACCUGGGAACUCCAACAUAUGAUGAAAACCCUAUGAGGACCUUAAAAAAGCCUAAGACAGCAGAAGCAGACACUUCCAGUGAGCUGGUUAAGAAAAGCAAAGAAGUAUUCAGAAAAGAGAUGUCCCAGUUCAUCGUCCAGUGCCUGAACCCUUAUUGGAAACCUGACUGCAAAGUGGGAAGAAUUACCACAACCGAAGACCUCAGACACCUCGCUCGAAAGCUGACUCCCGGCGUUAUGAAUAAGGAGCUGAAGUACUGUAGGAACCCAGAGGACCUGGAGUGCAAUGAGGAUGUGACACUCAAAACCAAGGAGUACAUUAAGAAGUAUAUGCAGAAGUUUGGGGCUGUUUACAAACCCUAAGAGGCCACUGACUUAGAGUGACUUACGGGACCAGGAUGGGAGGACGGGGGAACAAGGGGGACACACUCUGGGGAGAAGUCCUGUGGGUCCUCUCUGCCCCACCCCACUGUCAGGACUGUGCUGCUGAUGACACAUCACCCUGGGGAAUUCAAACCUGCAGAUUUCAACUGAAAGCCACAAAAAUGAGCUCCAUCUACAACAAGUGAUCCCUGGUCAUGAGCUGUUGGGGUAUGGUUGUUAGAGGCCAGCAGAGGCGAGGGCUUAUGGGAGACCCUUUUCUCUAAGACCUGGGCCAGGCCUGACCCCACUCUCAAACCUGGGUCUCCUUGGCGGUGCUGUCAGCGCACAGAUCCAUGUGCAUACCUCCGCAUGACCCCUUACCCUGAUGAUCUGAAUUAUAUUUUUAUGUAUAUUAAAUGUGAAUAUAUUGAAAAUAAUUUUUUUUCCUGGUUUUUUUUUUUUUUUUUUGCUUUUAGCCUCUCCAUGCUAGGAUCACAGGAAAACUUUGUAGGGACAGUUGAAGUUUUCCUGCAAGGUUUAAUCUGUUACCAUGUAAAUAUUCCAAAGCAGGCUGCCUUGUGGUUUCAGCCAGCCUUGUGCUAUGUUGAUAAGAUUGAUUUACUGCUUAAAAUCACUUUACUUUAUUCAAUUUUUACCGAACAUUUUAUGUAAAACAUAAAAUCAAUUAAAUUUAAAAAAUGGUUUAAUAGCAAAGUUAUGCAGUUUUAAAAAUCUAUUUUAAAAUUUAUAUUUGUAAAGGAUCAUAUUUAUCCUUUCUAAUCAUUUAUUAAAUAAUUUUGCCUUCUGGGUCAUAUACUCCAUAACUGGGCAGUGAGAAUAUUCAACAAUUUCUUAAUUUGUAAGGUUAAUUUCACAAAAUAAGAAAAAACCAUCUAAACCAACAUAUAAACUAUAAUAAGAUCCUUUUUGGAACCUUGAUGUGAUCAUUGAUGAAUUUAUGAUUUAGUCUGCCUCUGUCUUCUUACCUGUCUUGACCAAAAAUUCGUUUCCCCUCUCACAGGUUUUUGAAACUGGAUAAAGUAAUGUGCAUAAACUCUUGAAACUAAAUUCCAGUGUAUUAAAGAUCUGAGUGUACGAUGAGUAUCAUUUUAGCAAAAAUGAUGGAGCGUAUCUGAGUUCUUCAGUUUUGCAUGACUUGCUGCACUUGUAAAUUUACAGAGGUUGCCUCAUGGUUUUCUGCCGAAUAUGGAACUUGACAUUGUGGGUAAACGAAACCCCAGGUUAAUUCGUGUUGCUGCUAUUAAAGAUGCUAAUGACCAAAGAAUAAAGGUACAUGUUUUAGAUUAGUACAUUGUUAUGCUGGCAUUUUCACUGAUGCUUCCUGUGAGGCUGGCUACAGAGACUGAUGUUUUGGCAAAGUAGAAGAAUAAAAGCUUUGACUGACUUCAUUUCUAGUCACAUGUCUUUGGGUAGAGAGCUUUCUAACUGAUGUCUAUGUGAAAUGGGAAAUCUACAGGUUAGACAUGAGUAAUUUUGUGAGGGAUUCUAAUAAAUUCCUGUUUGGAUUUGCUGUUAAGACUUGAUAAUUUCUUAAAGCUUCUUUUUGUUGGUAUUAUCAGAUUUUUCUGGAAAUUAUUGACAUUUAACACCUUAAAUAUUAACAAUUAAGUAUUUGUUUCCUACUCUUAUUUGCCAUAUUAAAAGAAAAUAGAAAUAAC